AUGAUUCUAGCUUACCCAAAAAGAUUUAGAAGGCCAUAUUUGAAUAUAGGUCCGCUGAGGAUGCUGGCUGAGAGCCGAAGAGAUGGAGCAGUUGCUGGACUUGGGCUGCUGUCAAGUGCGAAGACUAGGCUGUUUGACUUGAUUGAGCUGGUGCCAAAUAUGCCAUGGAUUAGGCUUCCAACGACUGUGACUGAGCCAAGCAGGCGGAAUGUGCAGAAACGCACGGACAAAGGAGAAUGGGCUGAAUCAAAGACAUGA